AUGCAACUGGACCCCGGUAAAGACUCAAAGUGGGCAAUGGGUAGUAGGAAAAUAGACUGUAGGGAACGAGUUCCACGACGCUGUGCGAUUAGCUCCUCCAGUGCAUGUUCUUCGGACGGCAGGAACCAGCCGCUAAGCAGCCUUGUCGCAACGAAGCUUGCGUGGAACAAGUACGGACUACAUGCAGGAGGGGAACAGUUGAGGUGGUCCUGCGAAGGGCUCGACGGUUCACAACGACGGCAACCUUUACUUGUUACUUCGGCGGCGCCUUUAGCUCUAAAUCCUUCGCAGACAUACCAGUAUUGA